UCACCUGUCAGCUGUCCUCGAUCGAUGUUGUGGCAAAAAGGACAGUCGGAUGUAAAUAAUUUUUGUUUUGUGUUCUGCAAGUUAGAACUUUUUUACAAAAAGCAAAACAGAGAUGUUUAGUCUUUAGCCGUGAUAACAGCGCUUCGCGAUACCAAGCCGGAAUUUGCCAACGCUUUACAUUUAUUAGACAAUGUGCGCAUAAACUUCUAUUUCUCGAUUCUCGAGUCCUGGAACCAACAGUUCGCAAGAGACCUUUCGCACCUGCAAGAUGGAUGAGACCACGAAGCUCGUGUUCCUUUCCCUGCUGAUGCUGGUGGGCAGCUAUUUGUCCGGCUCCAUACCUCUCACCAUGUCACUCUCGCAGGAGAGUCUUCAAAUGGUGUCUGUUCUUGGGGCCGGUCUUCUGGUCGGAACGGCUCUUUCCGUUAUUAUCCCGGAAGGUGUCAGGUCUCUACUAAGUGUCCCUCACGCCCACGAGGGUAAUCACGAAGGCUCGGGAGGAGUUGUAAAUCUUAACGAGCACUCUGACGAAGGAGCCGAUGUCCAUUCCCUAAUAGGUGUUUCUCUGGUGCUUGGAUUUGUUUUCAUGUUACUAGUAGAUCAACUCUCAGCCAAAAGAGGUGAUUCGGAAAACAAAACCGAAAAGAGCAUGACAGCAACUGUUGGUUUGGUUGUCCACGCAGCAGCUGAUGGUAUUGCUCUGGGAGCUGCAGCAACGACGGCGCACACAGACGUUGAAAUGAUUGUGUUCAUAGCAAUAAUGCUGCACAAGGCACCGGCUGCCUUUGGACUUGUUACAUUCCUAAUGCAUGAGGGUUUGGAGAGAAACAGAAUCAGAAAGCAUCUUAUAAUUUUCUCAGUGUCUGCGCCACUCCUGGCUGUUGUGACUUACUUUGGCCUAGGACAGGACAGCAAAGAAACUCUGUCUUCUGUGAAUGCCACUGGUCUGGCGAUGCUGUUCAGUGCGGGGACCUUCCUCUAUGUGGCCACAGUGCACGUCCUGCCCGAGCUGACUCAGCGAUCUCACUCGCACGCUUAUCAGCCCGUCAGCCCUGAGAAUGGUGCCGCGGCAAGCCAUGGCAAAACCUUAAGACUUCGAGAACUCUUCUUCCUUGUUGUCGGCACAUUGUUGCCAUUGAUGUUAGCUGUGGGCCAUCACCACUAGUCUGACUGUUCUUGACCCAAAACAUACUUGGUGCAAUUAUUUUUGCUGACUCAGCCAUUUUCUAUCAACAACUCAUAUUUUUAUUGCCAGAGGACGGGUUUAAAAUUGCUAAGUGGACAGACUUGAUACUAAGAUUUUAACUAUAAACAUGGCAAUGAACGUGUCAUGCUCGAAAUUCCUCUAAUUUUAAGCAGUUGAUCACUGGAGCAGCUUGAGAAGAUGUUUCAGAUAUUUGUUAUUUCUUUAUAUUGAUGGAUUUUUUCUUUUUAAUAAAAGAAAAAUGCCAAAACUUCAA